AUGAAAGCGGCGGCCAAGGGCGACAGUGGCGCCGCCGCCGCCGCUCAGCUGAAAUCUCUAGGCCUUCAGCUACGACAGGACUCCAGCCUGAUAUCGUACAUAUUUAUCAAGGCCCACCAGCAGAGCAAGGAGGAUGACGACCAGCAGCAGUCACACGCGGCACAGCAGCAGCAGCAGCAGCAGCAGCAACAGCAGCAGCACAAGCACGCCGUGUUUGUGACGGGCCUGCCUCUGGGGCUCGAGGAGGAUGAUUUGGCCGCAGUGUUCUCGUGCUUUGGAGAUGUGUCCCAGGUGGUGCUCCACCAAACCAAGCGCUCCGGCGUCGUCGUCUUUGCUGAGGCGCGCGGCUCCGCAGCGGCGCUCGCGGCGGGCGGCAAGGGGCAGGUGAUAGAGUACGAGCCGGCCUUGCCGGAGGGCCCGCGCGGCCUCAAGUCGUGGGUCCAGGCGCACAAGGCCCAGCGGCCGGGGACGGCCCACCUGCAGAAGCGGCUUGACGAGUGGGUGGCUGACUGGGAGGAGCAGGAGGCGGCGCGCCAGCGGACGCGCGAGGCGGCAAUGGCGGGCGACGGCUGGACCGUGGUGGUUCGCACCAAGGGCCGGAAGCGCGCGCGUGAGGCGGCCGGCGUGAGCACAGUCAGUGGCGGCGUGGCGCAGGCCGCAGCGCAGGCAGCGGCGGCGGGCGGCAGCAAGGGGAAGCAGUACGAGGACUUCUACCGAUUCCAGCAGCGGGACAAGCGGCGAAACGAUCUCGUUGACCUGAGGAAGCGGUUCGAGGAGGACCGCAAGCGGAUAGCGGAGCUGAGGGCCAGUCGCAAGUUCAAACCCUGCUGA